AUGCUUGCAGUCGUCUCGUCAGGAUCAAGCUCCCCGCUCAAGAUUCUUGCUAACGCAAACCCCACAGACCUAGUCCCCGUCCGACAGCUUUUGCGCGAUUUAUCUCCCGCGGUCUACGCCGUUAAUUGA